GCCCCCAAGCCAGCUGCAGAAGCGGCCGCCACCUCCAAAGCACAAGGUGUCUCAUCUGAAAAGAAACCUGAGCCCCAGGGAGGCGGCGCGGACGACCGUGGCAGAGCUGGCGCGAACCGGGCGAGAGGGCGCUGGGCAGCGCUCGAGUACAAGAGGGAGCUCGGCCACAGAAGACCCCAGCGACCUGAUCCUGGGAUCCCAGCUCCAGGCUCUCCUCGCAUUUUACAGGUUUCCCCCCGGCGACUAUCUCCCCAAAACGGAGCCUUUACAUCAAAAGAAGGUGCGGGAGCUGGAGCAACCAGGACUUUCCCGGGCACCCAAGAUGCGCUCCAUUAGGAAGAGGUGGACGAUCUGCACAAUAAGUCUGCUCCUGAUAUUUUAUAAGACAAAAGAAAUAGCAAGAACUGAGGAGCACCAGGAGACGCAACUCAUCGGAGAGGGUGAAUUGUCUUUGAGUCGGUCACUUGUCAAUAGCUCUGAUAAAAUCAUUCGAAAGGCUGGCUCUUCAAUCUUUCAGCACAAUGUAGAAGGUUGGAAAAUCAAUUCCUCUUUGGUCCUAGAGAUAAGGAAGAAUAUACUUCGUUUCUUAGAUGCAGAACGAGAUGUCUCAGUGGUCAAGAGCAGUUUUAAGCCUGGUGAUGUCAUACACUAUGUGCUUGACAGGCGCCGGACACUAAAUAUUUCUCAUGAUCUACAUAGCCUCCUACCUGAAGUUUCACCAAUGAAGAAUCGCAGGUUUAAGACCUGUGCAGUUGUUGGAAAUUCUGGCAUUUUGCUAGAUAGUGAAUGUGGAAAGGAGAUUGACAGUCACAAUUUUGUAAUAAGGUGCAAUCUAGCUCCUGUGGUGGAGUUUGCUGCAGAUGUGGGAACUAAAUCAGAUUUUAUUACCAUGAAUCCAUCAGUUGUACAAAGAGCAUUUGGAGGCUUUCGAAAUGAGAGUGACAGAGAGAAAUUUGUGCAUAGACUUUCCAUGCUGAAUGACAGUGUCCUUUGGAUUCCUGCUUUCAUGGUUAAAGGAGGAGAGAAGCACGUGGAGUGGGUUAAUGCAUUAAUCCUUAAGAAUAAACUGAAAGUGCGAACUGCCUAUCCAUCAUUGAGACUUAUUCAUGCUGUCAGAGGCUACUGGCUGACCAACAAAGUUCCUAUCAAAAGACCCAGCACAGGUCUCCUCAUGUAUACACUUGCCACAAGAUUCUGUGAUGAAAUUCACCUGUAUGGAUUCUGGCCAUUUCCUAAGGAUUUGAAUGGAAAAGCUGUCAAAUAUCAUUACUAUGAUGACUUAAAAUAUAGGUACUUUUCUAAUGCAAGCCCUCACAGAAUGCCAUUAGAAUUCAAAACAUUAAAUGUGCUACAUAAUAGAGGAGCUCUAAAACUGACAACAGGAAAGUGUGUAAAGCAAUAAAGCACAUUUUAAAACAUAAAGACAAUAUGGACUUCUUUUCUGAAGAUGCUUCCGAAGAUUUGAAAAUAGGAUCCAAAACAUGGCUGGGUUUCAGCAUCCACCAAUUAACUGAAAGGUUGAUAAAGGACGUUCAUGAGAAACUUACUACCAGCUGAUGAAAUACCUGCAAAGUGCUCUAAAAAUUAAAUAUUUUGACUUCAAGGGUCCUAGUAAGUGCCACUUCCACUAAGAAUACAGUUUGAAUGUAUAAUCAGUAGUGUUUACAAGAUCCAACAGUGCACUCAUCAUUAGUUAGCAAAGUAAAUAUGUUCAUCACUGUCAGGCUGCCCACAGCAACUCCAAGCACAUUGGAAGAGAAACCCCAGGAACACAACUCAGUCCUUGGGAAACUAAACCAUCCUUGUCAUCAGAAAUCAAGAUGGAAGCGAUUUGAGCAAUGAAAUCCAUAAGAUUAAACAACUCAAGUAAAUGCCUUCAGUCAGGACUCUGAGUCUGAUUAUAAAUUUUAUGUUUAAAUUUAUGUUUUUGUCUUCUGGAAUCUCUUUUGGUUUGGGUAUUGGGGUGCUUAGAAAUCCUUUCUGAGAUACAUAUGAAUGAGGAAAAUAAACUUUAAGUAAUUAUUUUUAAAUUUCUUAUAUUUUUUGGAAAUCUAUCACACAAAGACUUUUUU